GUCACUCUUACCCUAACCAAGUAGGGAUAGUACCAAGAUAACAGGGUAAAAGAUCCAUGUCUUCGAAACGUGAUUCGAGGACCCCGCCAAAACCUUCGAAAGCUUGAGCUACUUCCUCCCACUAAGACUUCCAUAAUCACGACCAUUACAAUUACAACUUUAUCACCGCUAUUCUCUCCUUUUAAUGAUCUCAAUCUAACAUAUUUUUUGUUCUCGUUUCUCCUACAAUCUUUAAGCUAUCCCUCUCUACUCUUACUUAAUACCUGAUUACUGUACCUACUUAAUAAUCAUGUUCAACUGGGCAAAGCAAACUUUGGCCAAUGUUGUUGGCACGGAAGAGCCUAUCUAUGGUCCUUCGGCCAUAAAGUCCGUUGCCGAAGAUGCUAAGACGACACCGUACACGGAGUUGACAAGGGAUGGUUUCAAAUGGGCCGCAAUGGACUCGACUUGUGUUGAGACCCAGACCUUUUACCUAAUGGCUGACAGUGGCCCUUUGGCUUUUGUCCAAGUCAUUUACAGCAAUGUUGCUGGUAUUCGUACAACUUGCCAGUUCAACUCUAAGAUUUUCUUCACCGACCCCUCCAAGCCUCAUCUCUGGAGCUCGACGCCGCUUAGCCAUCACGAAUUCAGCGAAGAUAAAACUGGCUUCUACGCCAAGGACUGCGCUGUGGAGCUGUCCGAAGAUGGGAAGACAUACACGAUCAAGUCGAUGAACGAUCCCAACGCCAUUGUAAACGUCAAAGUCAGGAGAAUAGCGCCAGCUUUCGUCGCCGGAAAGGAUGGAAAGACCUUAUUCGGUACGGAUCUAUCGCACCCUUGGGGAAGCAUGCGACAUGCUUUCUGGCCAAGAUGUAUAGCCGAAGGAAGUAUCAUGACAAAGGAUGGCCCCAUUGAUUUUAGGGGUAAGGCAUUCUUUACCCACGCCUUGCAGGGCAUGAAACCCCAUCACGCGGCGGCCCGAUGGAACUUUGCCAAUUUCCAAGGACCGAAUUAUUCCGCGAUCCUAAUGGAGUUUACCACGCCACCAUCGUACGGUACCACUGUAGUAGACGUGGGUGGAAUCGCCAGAGAAGGAGAGAUCGUCACUGCCGGAACCAGCUGCGGCGCCAAACAUCUGAAGACGAAGCAAGAUGGAGAGAAUGAUUGGCCCGAACCUACCGACAUUAGGUUCUCCUGGACUGGUGCCACGAAGGACGGAAAAGCUGUCGAGGCAUUCAUCGAAACUUCGUUGGGUAAUAGAACUGAUAGGAUUGACGUUAUGGCAGAAGUUCCCGGAUUCGUCAAGACAAUUGUCGCAAGUGCAGCUGGAACUAAGCCAUAUAUAUACCAAUUCUUCCCACAUAGCAUCCCUGUGGAGCUUAAGCUCAAGAUAGGAGAUGAGGAAAUUACCGAACAGGGACGGUUGUUCAGUGAAGCGACUUUCAUAUCCGCGAUUGAAUGAGCUAGUCGAGGCAUGGAAUGAAAUAUAGCAAGUGCACUCUCCUCGGUAUGGAUGAAGACCUGAGCAGGUCUCAGCAGGGCAGAUCAGCCAAUCAUACUGCAUUUAGAACAUGGAGACUUGGCUGUAGGGCACUACUCUAGUAUAGAAGGCAUACUAUACUGUAGUUACUCGCCUUCAGCUAGCACGUGGUCAGGAUAUUGUACCCAGAUGAUAUUGGGAUUUGGGCAGACUAGAAUUCAUAGACACACGUGAUCACUCGUUAGGAUCCGAAUGGAUACAAUUAUAAUCAA